ACCUUGCGAAGUUGCCAUCCAGUGCGCCACCAAUUUGGUCACGUGACCGGCAAAAUGUCAAAAUGGAACAGGAUUUCAAUGAACUUUUCAAGUGUUUUAAAUCGGUUUUCGUUUGUUUUUUUAUAUCGGUAGCGUAUCUGGCGAGUUUGCACAUAUGGAACAGUCCUUACAGUCGAGAUCAUCCGUCGACUAUAAAGAAAAGAUUCCUAAGUGCAUUCUUGAUGCUUUUUGUCUCGCCAGUGAUUUUAUAUUUAGGUUUAGAUAAACAAAUAACAGAUAAAGUUAAUUUACUCGAAGUAUUAGGAUUGAGAACUCAAGGACUAUGUCAGGCAAUUUUUAUGCCGCUUUUUUUGACGAUGAUUCUAUUUCUGGGGCCCAUUUCAAUGGAAUUGUACAGUGGCCUCUCAAAAGUUUACACAGAGGAAAUGUACUGGUACUCGAAUCUCACAAACUUGAGAUGGUUACGUAACCAUGUUGUAGCCCCUUUAUCAGAAGAGUUCACAUUCAGAUGUUGUAUGCUGCCCCUGUUGAUACAGUGUUUUUCUCCUACUGUUGCCAUAUUGAUGUGUCCGUUGUUUUUCGGAGUAGCCCAUUUUCAUUUGAUGUUAGAAAGGAUACACCAUCUAGGGAUGUCGUUUAGUCAAGCUCUAACAAUUUCUUGUUUCCAAUUUGCGUACACGACAAUAUUCGGCAUGUACUCUGCGUACCUGUUUUACCGUACGGGGCAUUUUGCGUCAAUUUUCAUAGCGCACGCGUACUGCAACCACAUGGGAUUCCCCGAGAUCAUGGAGAUAACUACGUACAAGCGUCAUAAGAAAAUAAUAGUGACCAGUUUGUUCUUUAUUGGGUUUGUCGCUUGGUGUUUGCUGUUGAAGCCUCUUACAGAGCCGAGUUGGUACUACCAUGAUCCUUCGUGGUAUAAAGUUGCAGUUUGAAACUAAUUUUACAAGUGUUAUUUGAUCGACUGCGUAAAUGUGGACUCUGGUUAUCAGGAACUGUUGAAGAUAUGUGCCAUAUAUCAAGAACUAGACUAAACUUUCGGCUUUGCUCGCCAGGAAGUAGUGUAAAGUAUAGGUAAUUCGUUUCGCAUUAGUGUGAAGGAGAUUGGUUUCGGAGUAAGAAAUGCAAUAUUCACAGUAAUGCAAUAGUUACUUUGGCAAUUAAACUCUUAUAUCCAUCAUUUUAAUGCAACAAUAAAAUAGCUUCAAAGUUUUCAUAUUUUAUAUUAUCAACAAAAAGUAAGGAGUUCAUUCGAAAAUUUAUCUGAUCCUGAAAUGACCUUGUAGGUCUUAGUCAGGUUCAUUGGCAAGUAUAUACUUGAAAUUGUCUGCAAUUUGCAUUUCUGGAAUUAAAAAUAGAUGUUUCCAGUUUAAAACUCAUUUGACCUUCAAAUGACCUUGAGACUCCGAUAGUCAAGUUCAACAUAAAAUUUCUUCCUUUUUUUAAUUCCCGGUGUCACGAAUAGGGGUUUCCAUUUAAGAAAACUGUCUUGACCGUCAAAUGAGCUUGAACUUAACAGUCAAGGUCAUGUUCAAGGCCACCAUUAGAUGACUCUUCAAACAUAACAACUUUAUUCACGACAUUUUUUUAGGAACCGUAUUUUUCGAGAUUUUUUGUCCUUUUCCUACUGCCCGGACACCCUCAAAUACCCAUGGAGGUCAUGGUCAAGGUCAUAGACAAAAAUAUACUUAAACGUAAAAAAUUCUGCUAUUUACGUUUCUUGAGUAAAAAAUGUGGAUUUCAUUUAAGAAAACUGUAUUUGUCUUCAAAUGAUCUUGAAGGUCAUAGUCAAGGUCACGUUCAGGAUUCCCAAUGGAUGAAUCUCUUCAAAUCUCACAACUGGGAUAUUUCACGUGGAGCGGACAGCGAAAAAAGUUGUAAAAGUGUGUUUAUAUUGGUCCUGGACAUAUAGUAGGUGUGAUAGAGAAUUUACGAUUUUUUUUAUUGUGGCACGUUCACUUGCUAAGUUAGAGGCUUUUUCGAAUUGGAAGGUAUAUUGGAAAUUAGGAUAGCGUUUUAUAUAGGAAGCUUGCUGUACUUUUUGAUAAAAAAACAUAUGAAAAUAACUUAAGGUGCUAAACUGAAAGUAACAAUUUUAUACCAAAAUUUGGGCAACUUCGAAUUUUUUUAUUUUCGAUUUUUUUACUCCAAAAUGUAGCGUAAGGUGUGUUUAAAAUACAUCAGAAGUUUUGAAAUGAUAUGCACAUUAAUUAAGGAUGUACCUAUUUUUGUGUACAACAUACAUGUCACCCUGGGUAUAACGUUAGGCGCUUAUUUAGGUCAACUGGUCUAAAGUGUGUUUAAAAUAAACUAGAAGCUUUAAAAUGGGAAGCGCAUUCACUAAUGAGAGAUAUUUUUAUGUACAUAUAUGUCGCACUGGGUAUCACCUUAGCCGCUUGUUUGUUAGAUAUUUUGCGGACAAGGCAUUAAGUAAAACUACAUUAAUGUUGAAAGGAACAUUUUAUUUUAUAACCUUUAUAAUUUUCUUUGCUCGCUAAUGCUACUAACCACAUAGCAUUCUGUCGUGGGGAUGCAUGCAUGAAAUUGCUUUGUCCCUGGGAUUGUUCUAGCUCGAUUAGAUCUGGGUUCCAGGAAAAUUCUUUCAUGCUGGAAGUCUUUUUUCGAGCAGCAAGAAAUCUAUGCUUGUUUCAAACCUGACUUUGACUAUUAGUAUAGUUGUCAAGGCGAAAUAUUUGUCACUAAUCACUUAGGGUUACUUUCCAGACCAUCGCAUGGUCCCCUGCUAUAUGAGUGACAAAGUAAUUCAGCAUUGGUGAUAAAAUCAUCCUUAUAAUGGAAUAGAUAAAAUAUCUCGCAAACCAGUCAACCCAAACAAGCGCCUAACGUCAUAUCCACGGCGACAUGUAUGUACAUACCUCCUUUAUUAAUGCGCAUACCAUUUCAAAACUUCUGAUGUAUUUUAAACACACUUUAAGGUGUUCAUUCUGGAGUAAGAAAUCGAAAAUAAAAAAAUGCGAAGUUGCCCAAAUUUUCUUUUAAAAUGGUUACUUCCGGAUUAGCGUCUUGAAUUUUGAAACAACAUCCUUUUUCGUAGCCCACUUCACGUGAAAUGCCCCACAACAACAUUUUUCCGUAGGAACCGUAUUUUUCGAGGUGUUUUGAUUUAUCCAUACUUUUUUUACACCCAGUAUAUUUUCGCGGAUAAAACCAUGUAUGUAACCUACCAAGGGUUUCAAUUAGUAAGUUUUUACGUCUCUACGUAUGACAAACUGGACAGAUAUGUACAUUUAUAUACCUAUAUAGAUAAAUAGUUUGUUUUCACAUAUUAGAGUUAUUUUUUAACCCGACAUACCAUAUUGCCUUAACUUAAAUCAAUUUCCUGAAAAUUGUCAGUUUGAUAUCCUUUUAAUCAAAUAUUUAUUUUUUUGCAAUUGCGAUGAGAAUGUCACAAUUAUUUACCGUUUUCAGUACCUUUCAUAGCAAUAAAGUUCGUCAAACUGAUACAGUCGGGGAAUUAAUAUCUUCGCAUCUGGUGGGAAAAAUAUCCUCAACGAAUCUGCAUGUUACCAGGACAAAAUGUGCCUCAAAAAUAUUCGAUUUUACAAUACUCAGAGUGAGUGCGAGAGAGAUGCAACAUGUAGAAGUCUCCUGAAAGGCUUUGGGAUUUUGUUAAUGGAUGUUUAAAGACUAUUCGGAAACAGUCGCGACAUUAAAUUGUCAUUUUUAAAUAUCGUUUUUCGAGAUCGAAAAUGGCACAUUUUGCAUUUUUUCAAAUAUUGUAUCGCUUAUAUCUCAAAAGCUUUUAACGCACCCUUUUGCUUAGUAUGUCCCAAAAACCGUAGCGAAAAAAAACAAUUUUUGAAAUUUGUUUAAAAAAACUGUUUAAAAAUUUCAGAUUCAUUAAAACUUUUUGAAUGAGAUUAUGCAAAAAAUCCGAAGGAGAAUUUUUUUUCCAGAUUCGAAGAUAAUGCCUGGACUAAUAAUCUUCAUGGAAUCAUCAAUUUUCCUCUACGUGUUUAAUAUUUUUUCAAAAUCUGCUUAUGUUUCUUUAGGUGAUUGCUUUUUGACUUGCGUUUUGAAGACACAGCUUCAAAUCGUACGCAUUUUAUACAAUCUUUGUGAAGCCGGCAACUUUUGUAGUUGUGAUGCUAGAACUUCCUGCGAAAUUUUCACAUACUCAAUAGAGUUAACAGUGCCGUACUUGUGCAUUAACUUUUAAAGACAUGCAGGCCAAUUAUCUCUUUAGUUGCAGCUGGGGUAAGUUGUGUUGCUUCGGAUUUAAAGCUUCUGCAUCACGGGCUGCAUGUGAUGCAUUUUUUCACAUACAACGCGCAUUGUAAUGUACUUACUUUUCCAAGAAACAAGCUAGUCGUAACACCCCUUGUCACUUACCGCAAAGCAAAUGUUCUUGAGAGUAUUCAAACCAAAUGUUAACGAACUUGUGGUAUUAUCAAACGUAAUAUUUCUUGUUCACGUUUAUCAGAUUGUAUUACCUACAGAUCGAUAUAAAUCUUUUAAGGACUGAUAGUGCAUUCCAGUUGGAGCCACAUGUACAUUUGUACAAAGUCGAACCGUUUUUGAGUUACGCGCAAUUUUGUAACAUCCUAGGUAAAGGCCAAAAUCAUGAGAUAAACCAGCGCUUCUUCAAAUAAUGAAGAGGAACUCUUUUUUGUAUUACAUUUCUCAUUCAUCUUGUUAUAUAGUCUUCCUAUACAAAUAAGAGUUCUCAAGCUAUUGAAAAUGGCGUUUACGUUAUAAAAAAUUAUAUUUUGCUGAACGGUUCGAUCUUGCAGGGCAUCAUGUGGAAUUUCAGAAAAUGUAAACCAUUAUUGCUUGUGGAUCUUUCCGUCAUUGUUUCGUGUUGCUGUAGCAGAAGUCAAUUUAUUAAAAGUGGACCGGUUCCACAAUAUAUUGUGAGCUUUUCUGAAGAUUCGAUGGGUGGAUACGGCGACUACGCCAUUAAGAAAGAUUGAAAAACUGGAAUCUAAUGCAUGGAAAUAAAAUUUACAUUUUCAAUAACAUUACAAAGGUUCAGACCAAGCGACACACCUCAGAAGAACAAAUAGCCAACAAAGAUUUGGUACUUCAAAAAGUUAUUGUUAUAAAGCCUCGUAUGACAUACCAUAAGAAACAGCAAAAGUGAAAGUUUUCUUAAAUGGUUUUAAUUCACUCUGCUGCUAAACUUUUUUGUCGUCAGAGAAUCCACAAUGCACAGUAAAAUCGAACCAUUCAGGAAACUAAAAUACUUUUUUAUAACGUGUACUCCAUCUUUCAGUAACUUAAUGCUUGUAUAGAAAGAUAAACGAGACAAAUAACAGAGCAAACGAGUUGAUCUUCAUUACUGAACAAUCGAUUGUUUGUCGUACGAUUUUGGCUUUUCAUUUUUUCAAUUCCACCAAAUUUCUCUUAAACUCUGUAUUAGGGUAUAUGUGGCUUAAUGUAUUGCGAGUGGUCUGUGCUAUUAGCCUUCAAAACAUUUUGCAUAAUGAUAUUUAUUGUAUUCCAUUCUAGCUCAAUAUAUUUCUGACAAUAUAGAAUAAGGGUAUUUUGCUUGUAUAUAGAGAAUAUUUUUACUGUUUUGUGACUUAUUAGAAUAAAUUUUAAAUCCAUUGUACAUUACUAAAAAUGCCCUAAAAAAGUAAACUGUAUCCGUUUGAUAUAUUGAAAUAUGUCAUAUUUGUUGAACAUUUCAAUAAAAAUGGUCAAAAAAUAUGUUUUAAUCUUCCUUAAUAUUGUUAAAUCGUCU